CUAGCUCCUACGCUUCCGCCUUCAUUUAAAAAAUCCGCGCAACCCAGGGGAACCAAUUUCCCCCUUUUCCCAAACCGAUUGAUUUAGAGAGAGAGAGAUAGAGACGCCAAAGACUUCGAGAGUUCUCUCAUCUUCGGUUUCCCGUUCUCUUUUCCCCCCUUUUUGGCUGGAGGAUGGAGAGGUUUGGAUCGGCGCCGGCGUUGUCGCCGUCGGAGGAGGCGAUGUAUGUGAGCUGGGAGGAGGUGAGCGCGACGAGCGAUACAGGGAGGGCGGAGGUCCGAUAUUACCUCAGACGGAAGGACGGAGGUGCGGAUCUGGCUGUCGUUGGCAAAGAGAAGAGCUUGAGGCAUGUGUCUUACCGCUACGGCAAUCGGAUUCGGUCCCUAUCCGAUUCUAUGGGCCCGCUGUUGAAGCUCAGAACCCGGCACGAGGUCAUUGAUUGGCUCAACUCGAUUGUUUCAGAUUCAUCGCAUCAACAAUCAUCUGUGUUAGCUAAACCUCUUAGCAGCAGCUAUGCCCGUUCAUCUGAUUUUUUGAACAUCAAGGAUCCUCAAUCUCUGAAAAUCAGUCCUGUUACUAGAGCAUUUUCGUGGUUGGGCUCCCCUUGGAUGUGCAGGAGAAAAAGGAAGCACUUUCCAUCUUUCCAUAGAAACGGUGUAAAAAUUUCUGUUUUUGACUUUGUGUAUGUUCUAGCUGAAGAAGGAAAAAGACUUGUUGCAUAUUUGGAAGAUAUGUAUGAAGAUUCAAAGGGAAGUAAGAUGGUUGUGGUACGAUGGUUUCACAAAAUUGACGAGGUUGGUAUUCCUCUGCCUCAGAAUUACAAUGACAGAGAGGUUUUCUUCUCUCUUUGUCUGCAAGAUUUAAGUGUUGAAUGCAUAGACGGUUUGGCUGUCAUCCUCAGUCCUCAGCACUUUCAGAAGUUCCAGAGUGUAGCAGCACAUACUAGGAUGGACCCUUUUAUGUGUGACCAUAUGUUUGAAGAUGAUGAAGUAAAGCCCUUUAAUGUCACUAGGGUGAAGGGCUACUGGAACCAAGAAAUAGUGAGGCAUAUGUACCCUGUUUCUGGUUCAACAAAAGAUCAGGCAGCUUUGCAGCAGUUUGAUCGUGAUGUUGAGAUCAGGCCUAGAAAGAGGCAUUGUCGAUCCAGAGAUAAUGAGGCCAAGGCCAAGGCAAACCCUGCUGAACAUCUGAAGGUUGGCCAUGAAGUUGAAGUGCUUUCACAGGAUAGUGGAAUUCGAGGAUGUUGGUUUAGGGCUAGAAUAAUUAAGAAGCACAAGGAUAAAGUGAAAGUGAGGUAUGCAGACAUUCAAGAUGCAGCUGAUGAAGCUAAAAAGCUGGAGGAAUGGAUGCUGGCAUCUCGAGUUGCUAGUCCUGAUAAGUUGGGCAUCCGGAUAGCUGGAAGGAAAACCGUCCGUCCUGCCCCUGAGUUGGAUGAAGAGUGCUUGUUUGAUGUCAAACCUGGAGCUGCUGUCGAUGUGUGGUGGCAUGAUGGCUGGUGGGAAGGAAUCGUUGUUGAAAUGGAUUCUGAGCAGAAAAUUCGUGUUCAUUUUCCAGGUUUGAGAGAACAAGGAAGAAGUGUUGUUCGUUCGAACUUGAGACAGUCUCAAGAAUGGUUGGAGAAUGGUUGGAUAAAACUCAAGGCAAGGCCUGAGAAUGUGGAUUCUAUCCUAUCUCAGUCAUUAAGCAAGCCUAGGGUGAGCCAACCAGUUGCUAGUAAGAUGGCCCGACCUAUACUUUCUGAUCCGAAGCAUCAUUCCAUGAAAGUUGAAACCAACAGCAGUAGCAGAUCAGGUUCUGAGCAGCAGCAUUCCAGAAAAGUUGAAACUGACAGUAGCAAGUUAGGAUUAGAUUCCAGAAGUGAUGAUGAUAGAAAUGAAGAAUCGAAGAAAGUGGUGUUGGAUUUGUCGAAAGAUGAUUUGCUGACCAAACUCAGAUGGAAAUCCUCAAGGAAGAGAAGACGGCGGGUCCGGUGGUGGUGGAAACACCUGCUUCUGACCUCAAGGGCUUUCAGAAAGUUUAAGCCGGAGCCGAAGGUGGAAGCAGUGGAAGCUGUCUACCACCAUUGGAAUGCUUGGGAUACGGUCCCCUGGAGGGCGAGAAUGGCUCUUGUAGUUAGGCAGCACAAGGAAGAGAACUAUGUGAAGAGCAAGAAGAAGAACAACAAGAGAAGCAUGUCUGUUCCUGGGAUCAGUAGCCUGGCUUCCAUCGAGUCAUUGUCCAUGCCUCUUGUUUGUCCAGGAGGUGGUGAUAUCAGCAGAUAUCAGUGUGCACAGUGUCAAAGGAGAGUAGCUGAAGCUAUCUCCAGAAGAGUGUGGGCUCUUAUGGGAACUGUCACCUUUUUGCUUUUCCUUUUUAUGGAUUCUCUUUUCACAAUCACAUGUGGGACAGAGUCAGUAACAGUAAACCUGGUGGAGAAGCAGGUGACUCUCACUUGUACAUACCCAGGACCAGGACCAGGAGGUGGUGGCAGAGUUGUUUACAGGAACCCUUUAAGCAGAAUUGCCAUUAUCAGCAGGCGCAUUUUGGGUUCUUCUUCUUCUUCUUCUUCUUCCAAGAGGUAUUGAAGAAAAGGAGAGGGUAUAUUCAUCUUGGAAACACAUUCCCACCUCUGUAACCUUUCUGAGUAAUGGAAGCAGCUAAAGUAGGAAUGGGGGUACAUAUAUAAAUGCAUUCUUGUAAAGCAUCUUGGCCUAAUCAUGUAUAUCUGAUCUUGUGUUAAUUCAAUGAUGGCACAUGCUUCUCCUUCCCAAAAACUAAGAAGAACAAAC